AGACUAAAGAAAGGAAAACGACACAAAAUAUAACACCUAGUCAAAAAAGCCUCCUAUGGACAAGGGCCCCGUGGCAUCCAUCACAGAUUGUUUCAAGAUCUCGAUCCGACGGUCCAAAUUGGCUCGCCAUAAACAGGUGGAAAGUUUGAGAAUACAAGACCAAGAAAAAGAGAUGAAAUCAUAAAAGGGGUUUUCCAUGUAUAUAUAUAUUGACUUGAUUUCAGGAGAUAAUUAAUUAAGAAGAAGAGAAGAGGGAAGAAGAAAAGGAAAGAGAUGGCGUUAAGGGUACCAGCAAUUCCAUUCACGUUUAUUGCACACACGCUUGGAAUCGCAGCUUUGGUUCUGGUUUUGGUUUGGAACAUACACUUCAGAGGUGGUUUCGCAUGGGAAGCUACAAACAAGAACCUCAUCUUCAACCUCCAUCCUUUGCUGAUGUUACUUGGUUUAAUUCUCUUGGGAGGAGAAGCCAUUAUUAGUUACAAAUCACUUCCUUUGAAGAAACAGGUGAAGAAACUUAUACACCUGGUUCUUCAUGCUCUCGCAUUAGCCCUGGGUAUUAUUGGUAUUUAUGCUGCAUUCAAGAACCAUAAUGAGAGUGGGAUUGCCAACCUCUACAGCUUGCACUCCUGGAUUGGGAUUGGGGUCAUUGUUCUCUAUGGCAUUCAGUGGAUAUAUGGGUUCUUGACUUUCUUCUACCCUGGAGGAAGUCCUACCCUAAGGAGUGAGACUAUGCCAUGGCAUGUGGUAUUUGGGCUCCUUGUGUACGUUUUGGCUGUGGCCAAUGCUUCACUAGGGUUCUUAGAGAAGCUCACAUUCCUUGAGAACUCAGGAGUGGCCAAAUUUGGCUCUGAGGCCUUUCUUGUCAACUUCACUGCUCUCACCACAAUAUUAUUUGGAGCCUUCGUUGUAAUUUCAGUUCUUUCUGAAGCUCCUGCUCCCAUUGAAGAUGACCACAGCUAUUCAUCUAUAUGAUUAUAUAACAAUAUUGUUAAAUAGUGUACUUGGCUGUAAGUGCAAGGACUGAAGCGUGGGUAUCUAUUAUUUAUGAUUUACGUGUAGCCUAUACAUGAACAUGAUAAAACAUUUGUGACCACUUAUUCAUAAUUAUUGGCAUGCCCAUCUUAAUUAUUUUACUUUUAUUUCAUUGCAAGCUUCUUACUACGCUUGUGCGUGCGUGUGUGCGUGAGAGAGAUUAUAAGAUUUCGAGAAUCAUAAAAAUUGCAUGUUCAAUUUUAUUGUUUGAUAAGAAUUAGAUCAUGCUGCUCGUGAUACAACGUAAUUAUGUUGUGGUGUAAAUGAGAGCAACAGGUUUUAAUUUGUUGGUUUUGAUUUUGGGAGACCAAAGAUUAUAUAUUGGUGUCAUUGCAAGAUUGCUCGCCACUCAGACACUCGAGCAAGAAGACAACUGCAAAUUGCUCAAGUGAUUUGGUAGAGUAGGUGGAAUCUUAACCACUUGUGUACUCAUCAAUCAAGAGAAUCCGAAUGGCUCAAGAGCUUAAAGAUAUACAGAAGGAAGUCAUUCAGUCUCGUGUAAAGACAUGGGAGACCAAACAAAAAGCAAAAGUUGAUAACAAGGCUGACAAAAUGAUAGCCAUCAACGAGGAGAAAAAGAACGCAAGUGAAAUAGACCUGGAGGCCUUGGGGAAGAAGAUUGAGACAAAAGUUGAGAAGCUAAGACAUAAGGAACUGGAAAAAAUGAAGAACAAAGAAGCUCACUCGAUCAAGGUCACAGAAGACACCAAGGUCAAAAUUGAAGCAAAACGCACCCA